GCUAUCUGACCAGAGCGCAAUUCAACACCAGAGUUGACAGCUGAUUGUUGAGAAAACUGACAAAGGAAAACAACUUCACAAUGAGUGACUAUAGACUGAGUGAUCAUGUUGAAUUUCUUUGUGAGACUGACUUUCCAAACAUCACCGGCCCCCUUUUCAUCCUGAUCUUCAUCCUCAGUGUCAUAGGCAAUGGUCUCCUCUUAUGUGUUCUUUUCAUCUACGAGAAACUGAACACAAUGACAAAUAUUUUCAUCCUGAACCUGGUCUGCUCCGAUUUGAUCUUCACCAUCACACUUCCAUUCUGGGCCGUUGAUCAUUUACACCACUGGGUCUUUGGGGACUUUGCCUGCAAAUUCAUGACUGCUGCAUACUUUGUUGGGCUGUACAGCAGUGUCAUUCUGCUGACUGCCAUGACAGUGGAUCGCUUCAUUACCGUGGUGCUGCACAACCGGCUGAGCAACCAUGCUAUAAGGCAGAAGUCUGGAGUUGGUGCCUGUAUAGCUGCCUGGGUCAUCAGCAUCUCGGCAUCCCUGAGCGAUGCUAUGAUAGUAAAAGUAGUAGACUGGGAAAAUGUUACCUAUUGCGAGCCUGAAUUUGAUGACAAGCUUGGACGUUAUCUCCAAGUAUCACUGCUAUUUUUCCUCCCAUAUGCCAUCAUUAUUUUCUGCUAUUCUGCCAUCCUCAAGACAGUUUUACAAGCUUUAAACAGAAAGAAGCACAGGGCUGUAGCUGUGCUGUUGUGUAUUGUUGCAGCCUUUUUCUUUUGCUGGGGGCCAUACCAUAUUGUGCUUUUAAUUAAAUCUCUUUAUAAACCGAUAGGUUGUAAGGCACAGGAACAGUUAGAAGUUGCCUACCAUAUUUGUGAAAUGCUUGCCUAUUCUCACUGCUGUAUGAACCCUCUGCUAUAUAUGCUCUCACAGAAGAUGCGAAAGCAUCUGUUGAAUCUUUUGUUCAGGAAGAACAGGGAGAGAGACACAUCUCUCAGUUCUGUUAGUCAGAAAGCAGUUUUCAUAGCUGGGAGUUCUGCUAUAAACUUGGAACUGCACAACAAUCAGUUAAACAGCCACUUGUGAAGUUAAACAUCUGUAAAUAUUCUUAUUUAAUUUGACAUCUUUUUUAUGUUCUCCUGAAAUUAAGUAGAAAUUACAUGCAUUUUUAAUUUUAAUGUGCCAAGUAAAAGCAAAAUGUACGUGUGUAGGAAUCUGUUUUCUACUGCACUUUUACAAGCAAUGCUGUUUUUGUAAAAAAACAAAAUACAAUGUUACUGAAAUCCAGUGAAGCUGUUUUCACUUCUCUCUUCUCUCUGCACAUGUCAUUAUAGGCUAGAUGGAAAAAAUGCAAUGAAAGCAAAUUUCUGUUGCCAUAUUAGUACGAAGUGUAAGUGUAUUAACACAAUCAGUGAGGGAAACACAGAGUGCAUGCACAAGGUAGGCUCUUCUUGGCUGUUUUUCUCUUUUGAAUUAGGUGAUAAUACUCAUAAGAAAUGAUUCAUGUAAUAAUAAAAUAUUAGUAUUUAUUAUUUAUUAUAAUAACAAUAAUAAAGUAUUAUUUAUUUAUUAUUAACAAAAAUAAAUGUUGUGACAGAAAUACAGGAAAUGUAAGGAAAUGUAGGAAUAUGGAGUGGAAUUUGAUAUAACUGCGAUAUGAAUUAACCAGGGAAUAUUAAAUAAAACUGCAGUGCUGUUAUGCAAGCAACAUUAUAUGUUUUGACCAUUUUCUUCACUGGUUCACAAUAACCCCUGUGGACAUGCUUUAUUUGCCAUUCAUAGAUUUAUGAUGUUAUGUCAUUCUUUUUACAUUUCUACAUUUAAUUUUUCCUGAAUGCUGUUGAAGGCAUGAAUAUUAUGCUGUUCAACUUUAUAAUCAUUGGUUCUAAACUGUAUUAGUUUUUAUCUUGACUAACAUAUUUGUACCAAAAUGCAUUAAUUAUGUUACUAUAUAUAA